AUGGCCGCCUCGGCUUCGGGACGCCGCGACGUCCGCUCGCCUCGCUUGACCCUGACCUUCCUUUACGUGUCGUCGCGACGCUACGACGUUCGUUCGCCACGCGUGACUCUGCCCUUCCUUUGCGUCCCUUCGUCACGCUGCCGUUCGGUUGAAGUCACCUGAGCCUCCAGCGACGUCGAGGGAGAGGUCGCUCAAGCUGCUUCGUCUCCUCCGCUGAUUCUCCCCCGGGCGCGGCCGUCUGUCGCCGGGUGAGUGGAUCACGCGAGGCCGGGGUUUUUGCGGCCUAGUCGGGAAAAGGGAAAAAGAAGGGAGGGUUCGUCUUCCCGAGAAGCUCAGAGGAACUCUGGUUCCUGAGGGGAAUGUGGCGCUGGGGAAGGACUGGAGGGCCCCGAAUACUACUACUACAGUACUACUAAUUAUUAUCAUUAUUUAUUAUUAUCAUUAUCAUUAUUCUAACUCUAGCCAACGUCCGUAAUAAUUAUCAUAAUAUCAUUCUAUCCAACUUCCCUAAUAAUAAUACUAAUGAUAAUAAUUAUACUAUUAUCACUCUAGCCAACUUCAAUAAUAAUAAUAAUGCUAUUAUCGGUUGUUAACAGAGAAAUCUGAGGGCUCCCAGGGCACCAGCCCUGGAAUACCAGAGCAAAACAGCAGCCAGUAGGCUUGGUCUUUAUUGAAGACUGUUACAGCAGGACUCCCACCUGCCACCAGGUGAAACAAGAUGGAAGCCCCGAAGAAAAGAGCCCCCAAACUUUUAUUAGCUGCUCAUCCCCAUGUUACACCCCCUCUAACUACAUCAUGGUUACAUCACAGUUACAUCAUGAAAGGGAAGGUCUGGUGGCCGUAAUCUGAGCAUCCUGGACCCUGCCCCAUCGUUCCCCUUGCCCUACACCAAACACCCAUCAAGUGUCACAAAAGAGAUAUUCACAUUUCCCUGUUUCCCAGCCAAGUUAAUCCCACCCUUUUGUCUUCAUCUGGGUUUGUUAUUUCUGGAAUGGCUACCUGUCUGGCACUGAGGUAUCAGGAUGCCAGGAAUGAUCACUCAGGCAGAGGGGCUGCUGAGUAGCUGAGCUCACAUGUCUAUAUGAAUUUCUGAAGUUUUCCCAGUGAAGGCAGUACAGAGAUACAUUUAUCAGUGAAUUGUUACAUUUGGUAUCAUGCAGCAAAGGCCCUUUGAAUAGAUAGGAAGAAACUGUGAUGCAGUGUUUUGUGGGGACAAAUCACAAAAGUCACAAAAGUGAUUGUGCUGAUUUUGGUAGUGCGCUACAUGUGCUUGAUAUCUGCUGGAGGGGCAACCCCCCACACCUAUCCAUAAAUUCCUGCAACACACUCUAACCAACUUGCCGCCUUCUUUUUCUUCUGCUUCUUUUUCUGCUGCUUCUUCUAUUACCACUGUAGCCAACUUCCCUACUAAUGAUGAUGAUGCUAAUAAUCUAGCCAACUUCACUUAUUAUUAUUAUUAUUCUAUUAUCACUCUAGCUAACUUCCAUAAUAAUAAUAAUAUUAAUGCUAUUAUCACUCUAGCUAACUUCCCUUAUUUUUUUAUUUUUUUAUUAUUAUUAUUAUUAUUAUUAUUAUUAUUAUAUUAUCGCUCUAGCUAACUUCCAUAAUAAUUAUAAUUAUACUAUUAUCACUCUAGCCAACUUCCCUAAUAAUAAUAAUAAUUAUUAUUACUCUUGUCAAAUUCCAUUAUUAUUAUUAUUACUUCUACUACAGUAUUCCAUAAUCUCUCUAGCCAACUUCCCCAGUAAUAAUAAUUACUAUUAUAUAUAAUAUGUAUAACAUAUAAUGGUAUACUGUUGUACUAUAUACUAAUAUACUUAUCGUAUAUACUGUACUCAUAUGUUGUUGUUGUUUAGUCGUUUAGUUGUGUCCGACUCUUCGUGACCCCAUGGACCAGAGCACACCAGGCACUCCUGUCUUCCACUGCCUCCCGCAGUUUGGUCAAAUUCAUGUUCGUAGCUUCAAGAACACUGUCCAACCAUCUCGUCCUCUGUCGUCCCCUUCUCCUUGUGCCCUCCAUCUUCUUCUUGCAGUCCAUGGGACUCUCAAGAGUCUCCUCCAGCACCAGAAUUCAAAAGCAUCAAUUGUUCGGCGAUCAGCCUUCUUUAUGGUCCAGCUCUCACUUCCAUACAUCACUACUGGGAAAACCAUAUUAGGGAUAGGGGUUAGAGAUAGGAAUAGGAAUUAGGGACAGGAUUAGGGAUUGGGUUAUUAUUAUUAUUAGGGUUAGGGUUAAGGGAUAGGGUUGUUGUUGUUUUAUUAUUAUUAUUAUUAUUAUUAUUAUUAUCAUCCUCAUCAUCAUCAUAUUACAACACUGGGUGAGGGCCUGCUGCUUUUGCCUCACCUUUUCCACACCAGGUGACUUCUAUAAUAAUAAUAAUGUUAAUAAUAAUGUUAUAAUGGGUGGGGCAAUAUUAUAUUAUUAGUAUUGUAUUGUAUUGUUAUAUUAUAAAAUAUACAUUUUUUCUCCUUGCAGGCGUGUGAUGCCAAACGCAGCCAUGAAGAAGAAGGUGAGGGCUGUAGUUUCUCUUGGCCUGCUGCUUAUACAGUUAAACCUUGGACCCCAAACACCUCCGUUUUGUAAAGAUUUUCUCUUUUCAGUUACUUUCUAGUGAAAAGGCUGUUUAUCAGGAAAUAAGGAUUCAUUUAAAGUUUUUCAAGUCAUAAUUUUUUUUUAUUUAAAAAAAUUGUUUCAGCACAUCAGCUAACAAACAUGGAUCAUGUUUUAGUUUUGGCAAAAUAAAUUGUUUCAAUCGUUAUGAAGGAAAUGAUUAUUUUUCUCCUUCCGAUCAAGUACAGCAAAAAAACGUGUCCAAAUAUAAGUAGUUGACUUAUUAAACCUCACCAUCAUUUCAUAAUUAUUGGUCUAUACAUUUCUAAGAGAAGAAGCAAAUCAGUCACUUUUGAGAUAAUGAUAUAUCAAAUUCACCCUGGAUAUACCGUAACUGAAAACUACACUGAAAAUAUAUUAUUCCAAAAAGGAAAGCUUCCUCCGGUUGUCAGUAUUAGGAGGAUACCAGCAAGCCUAAACCUGAAACAGGAUUUAAAUCAAGUCUUACUGACUUGUGGUUUCAAUCGUGAUUUAAAUCGUGAUGCUAUAAUGUUCUUGUUUUAGUGAAAUAAAUUGUUGAGUUAUGAAGGAAAUGAUUCUUUUUCUCCUUCCAAUCAAGUACAGCAGAAAAGGGGUCCAAAUAGAAGCAGCUGAGUGAUGAAACCUCUCCAUAAUUUCAUAGGAUGCCGGCGAGGCUGAAGCUUUUUUGUAAAAGGGGGUUUAAAUCAAAUCUUACUGACGAGUUUUUUAAGUUGUGAUUUAAAUUGAUUUGAUUGAAAUCAAAUCCACCCUCAAUAAUAAAUAAUGUAAUUAUUUAUACACUGUCUAUCCAGAUGGGUUUUCCCAGCCACUCAGGGUGGCUCCGAACAGAAUAAUAAUAAUAACCCUAUCUCUAACCCCUAACCCUAACAACAACAACAACAAUUUUAUUAAUAAUUUUAUGAUUUAUUCUUUAUUCGCCCCAGGUUCUCCUGAUGGGCAAGAGCGGCUCUGGCAAAACCAGCAUGAGGUCCAUCAUCUUUGCCAACUACAUCGCCCGCGACACCCGCCGACUGGGCGCCACAAGUAAGAGGAAGGGUGCUGGGUAGAGAUGGGGAAAAAUAAAAUAAAAAUGGGGGGGACAAGGUUUUAUUGCCAUUUCCCCCCCAAAUUCAUUUGAUUUCAUUCAAGUUAAUUUAAUAGCACAAAUUCAUUGGAUUUCAAUCAAGUUAAUUCAAUUUCUUGUUGCUAUUAUUACUACUACUGCUGAGAACCUUGCAACCUUUGCUGUCGCUUGCUCAUUUUUUUUAUUAUUAUUAGGGAAAGAACCGUGCCAGAAUAAUAAAAAGAAGAAUGAACUUUUUCUGCUUUUUCAGCUCGUUCUUAUUAUUCAUGCUCAUUCUUCUUCUGGUUCUGCUGUUCUUGGCCUGAUGAUGAUGAUAGGAAUAAUAAUCUCAUUUUCUUCUUCUUCAGCUCGUUCUACUUAUUCAAGCUCAUUUUCUUCUUAUUUUGUUGCUGCUGUUCUUUGCCAAAUGAUGAUGAAAAUAACGAUAAUAAUAGGAAUAAUAAUUUCUUCUUUUUCUUCUUCUUCAUCUUCUUUUUCAGUUCAUUCUUCUUAUUCAAUCUCAUUCUUCUUUUCAUUCUGGUGCUGCUGUUCUUGGCCAAAUGAAGAUGAUGAUGAUGAUGAUGAUGAUAAUAAUAGGAAUAAUAAUUUCUUCCUCCUCCUCCUCCUCCUCCUCCUGCUCUUUUUCAGCUCAUUCUCAUUCAAGAUCCUUCUUAUUCUGGCACAGUUGUUCUUUGAUAAAUGAGGAUGAAAAUAAUGAGAAUAGUAGGAAUAAUUAUCUUAAUUUCUAUUUCUUUUUCUGCUUCAAGCUCAUUCUUCUUCUGCUGCUGUUCUUUGGCAAACGAUAAUAAUUCUUCUUUGGAAAUCACUUGUAGCCAAGUAAAAUUGUAUUCCAUAAACACGGUUUUAACAAUGAGUCCGUAAGUGACUGUGGAGGCCAAUCCUGGAUCUACACGUCCUUCCACAGUGGGGACAUUGGCUUCCAGGCGAGAGUUGACCACGGUGAGGGCUUGCCAAGCAUGCCUUCCUCUUAGCACGUUUCUCCCUUGCGUCCUGAGUUUGAGUGUCUUCAAAGCCCAUGAAACCUUUGGUCAAGGCUGUUCUCCAACUGGAGCGCUCACAAGCCAGUGUUUCCCAGUUGUCAGUGUUUAUACUACAUUUUUUAAGAUUUGCCUUGAGACAGUCUUUAAACCUCUUUUGCUGACCACCAGCAUUAUGCUUUCAAUUUUUAAGUUCGGAAUAGAGUAGUUGCUUUGGAAGACGAUAAUCAGGCAUCCCCGCAACAUGACCAAUUGUUGAAGAAUCAUUGCUUCAACACUUGUGACCUUUGCUUCUUCCAGUACACUGAUAUUAGUUUGCCUGUCUUCCCAAGUGAUGUGUAAAUUUUUUUGGAUAUACUGUUGAUGGAAUCUUUUGAGAAGCUGUAGGUGGCAUUUAUAAGUGGUCCAUGUUUCACAAGCAUAUAGUAAGGUUGGUAGUACAAUAGCUUUGUAAACAAGCAUUUUGGUUUCCCUGCCAAUGUCCCGGUCCUCAAACACUUGGCACUUCAUUUGGGAGAAAGCCGCACUCGCAGAGCUCAGGUGAGUCUGGAUUUUGGAAUCAAUGUCAGCCCUUGCAGAAAGAUAACUCUCUAGGUAGGAGAAGUGAUUGACAUUUUCCAACGUUACACCACUGAGUUGGAUUUGUGGCGCUGCAGAGGGGUUAUUUUGUACUUGUUGGUGCAGCACUUUGGUUUUUUGGAUAUUGAGUGACAGGCCAAGCUUUUUGUAAGCUUCUGCAAAGGUAUUUAGGAUGGUUUGGAGGUCAUCCUCCGAGCGUGCACACACUACAUUGUCACCAGCAUAUUGAAGCUCUAUGAUGGAAGUUAUGGUAACCUUACUUUUUGCUUUCAGCCUGCUCAGAUUGAAGAGCUUUCCAUCUGUUCGAUAUAUUAUUUCUACUCCGGUGGGGAGUUUCCCUUAAACAAAGUGUAGGAUCAUGGCAAUGAAAAUAAUGAAUAGAGUUGGGGCAAUAACGCAACCCUGUUUAAUACCUGAUCCUACUGUGAAUGGUUCACUUUGAGAGGCAUUGUUAUCUGUGAUUGUUGCUGUCAUAUACCGUAUUUUUCGCUCUAUUAGACGCACUGGACCAUAAGACGCAAUUAGUUUUUAGGGGAGGAAAACAAGAAAUAAGAAAGCAACGCAAAGCCUCCUGAGCGAAGAGGUGCACACCAUUCCCUCUUGCCCUCUUGGCUUCAGCGAAAGCAAGCCUACUGGCUUUCUCCCCGCCUCCCGCAAGAGCCAUGCACUCUUUAAAGGGAGCAUGGCUCUUGGGGGCUUUUCUGGGAGGUGGGGGGAAGGGACCGUGUGCUCUGUCCCUUCCCCCACCUCCCGCAGAAACCAGGGAUAGCUGCGGGAAGCCUCCGCAGGGCAGUGGGAUGAAGGCUCCCCGCUGCCCUGCGGGGGCUUUGCGCUGCCAAGGCAGAAGCUAAAGCAGCUAGAAGGAGCACUGCGCAGCGCUCCCUCUAGCUGUUCUGAUUUCUGGGGUAGCCCGUGAAGCCUCCUCAGGGCAGCGGGGAGCCUUCAUCCUGCUGCCCUGCGGAGGCUUCGCGGGCUACCCCAGAGCUGCUCAGGGCUGGAGGGGGAAGCCCGGGUCCCCCCCCCCUCAGCCACAAAGAGCAGCUCAGGGAGCAGCGGACAGGCUGCACGCAGCCUUCCCGCUGCUCCCAGAGCUUGUUGGGGCUGGUGGGUGAAGCCCCGGUUGAUCUGCCGGCACCCGGGGUUUCACCAGCCAGUCCCAAAGAGCAGCUCAGGAGUGUGCUGCAUUCCGGCUGUUUAGCUUCAGGGACCACACACUCCAUAAGACACACAGACCUUUCCCUUUAGUUUUUAAGAGGAAAAAAUGCAUCUUAUGGAGCGAAAAAUAUGGUAAUCAUAGAGGAGUCGAAUGAAGGAGGGCAGCCAAUCAUGGAGGGCAGCCAAUUUUCAGAAUGACAGUCCACAGGGCAUUAUGAUUUACAGCGUUGAAGGCUUUAGUCAGGUCAAUAAACGCCAUAUACAGGGGUUGGUUUUGCUCUCUGCAUUUUUCUUGAAGCUGUCGAGCGGUGAAAAUCAUGUCCACUGUCUCCCUAGAAGGCCGAAAACAAUUUUGGGAUUCAGGAAGGGUCACCUUGGAUAUUGUUACAAGACAGUUUGCUAACAUCCUUGCAAGAAUUUUGCUGGUCGCAGCUAAUAGAGACAUGCCUCGAUAGUUUCCACAAUCAGUUCCGUUACUUUUUUUAAAAGAGAUUGGUAAUUUUGGCAUCCCUAAAGUCUGCUGUGAUUUCUUCUCUUUCCCAGAUUUUUUUGAUGAGCUUGUGAAGUUGUUGUGUAAGUUCAGUUCCACCCACUUUUAAGAUUUUGGCAGGUAUCCCAUCAGGUCCACUGGCUUUGUUGUACUACUACUACUACUACUAAUAACGUUAUUCUUUAUACACUGCCCAUCUGGGCGGCUCCCAACAGAAUAAUUAUAAUAAUAAUAAUCUCAUUUUGCCCCUUGCAGUUGACGUGGAGCACUCGCAUGUCCGCUUCCUGGGCAACCUGGUCCUCAACCUCUGGGACUGCGGCGGGUAAGUACCUCUUGCCCCCCUUGCCAUGUUAAAAGGGACCCCCGGCGGUCAUCCAGUCUGACCCGCCGUCAGGCGGGACUCUUGCCUCAAACAUCCUGGACAGACGGCCGCCUGCCCUCCGCUUGAAAUCCAGACAAUGGAAAUCACAAUUUAAACCCCUCGCCAGGACAGCUCAGAUUUUGCUGGCAUCCUUCUCAUCCUGAUUUUUCUCAUUUCAAUCCCCAUUCAAUUCCAGAUUUAAAUCAGCCAGACUUCCCUAAACAUGGCUGCCUUCAGCUGGAUGGGCGGGGUAUAAAUAAAAUACUACUACUAAUAAUGAUGAUUUAAAUCAAAUUGAUAUAAAUCAUGAUCUAGAUCAGUAGUCAGCAAGGAAUUAAAUCCUUUUUUACAGAAAGGUUCAACCUUGCUGGCAUCCUCUUAAUAUGGACAACCGUAGGAAGGUUUCCUUUUUGGAAUACAGUGGUACCUCGGGUUACAUACGCUUCAGGUUACAUACUCUUCAGGUUACAGACUCCAUUCACCCAGAAAUAGUACCUCUGGUUAAGAAGUUUGCUUCAGGAUGAGAACAGAAAUCGUGCACCAGCAGCACGGCGGCGGCAGGAGGCCCCAUUAGCUAAAGUGAAGAACAGUUUCAGGUUAAGAACAGACCUCCAGAAUGAAUUAAGUACUUAACUCGAGGUACCACUGUAAUAAAAUCCCUUUUUUUACAGAGAGGUUCAACCUUGCUGGCCUCCUCUUAAUAUGGACAAGCAGAGGGAGGUUUCCUUUUUGGAAGAAUAAGAUGCCUUUUUUAGCAGGAAGACUCAGUCUUGCUGGCAUCCUCUGAAUAUUGACAAGCGGAGAAACGUUUCCUUUAGAAUCCUCAAUUCACAGAGUGGUUUUUACACUGAUAUGCUGGGUGGAUUUCAUUUAAAUCCACCAUUUAAAUCCCUGCUCCGUAACAUUUAAAUCCGAUCGAAAUCUUCAGCCUUGCUGGCAACCUCUGAAUAGGGACAAUACUUUUUGAAAUAAAAAAAAUGCCUUUUUUCAGAAAGGUUCCGCCUUGCUAGCCCCCUCUGAAAUGGCAUGAAAUGGCCUGAAUUGGUUGCCCAGCCUGGAAAAUUGAUGAUAAUAAUAAUAAUAAACUUUUAUUUGUAUCCUGCCCUCCCUGACUGAGACUGGUCAAACCUGUUUUGAAUUGGCAUAGAAUUGAAAUUUGAAGCUGCUUUUUUAACUGGGAUAAAAUAAUUUAAAUCCCCGGUUUUCUCAGCCAGGACACCUUCAUGGAGAACUACUUCACCAGCCAGAGGGACAACAUCUUCCGCAACGUCGAGGUUCUGAUUUACGUCUUUGACGUCGAGAGUCGGGAGCUUGAGAAGGACAUGCACUACUACCAGUCGUGCCUGGAGGCCAUCUUGCAGAACUCGCCUGAUGCCAAAGUCUUCUGCCUCGUCCACAAGAUGGACUUGGUCCAGGAGGAUCAGCGCGAGCUGGUGAGCGAAAAGGGGACCCCUGGCUUUAAUUCUACCAAAGGUUUCCAGUGUCAUGGGGGUUGCCAGCGAGGCUGAACCUCUGUAAAGGAAAGGAAACCUGCCUCCAAUUUGCCGUAUUGAGGGGGUGUCAGCGAAGCUGGGAUGAGGGAUAGGGUUGUUAUUAUUAUUAUUAUUUUAUUUUAUUUUGGGAGCCGCCCAGAGUGGCUGGGGUAUAAAGAAUAAAUUAUUAUUAUUAUUAGAAAUAGGGAUAGAGAUAGGGAUAGGACUUGGUGUUAGGGAUAGGGUUCUUCCUCUUCCUCCUCCUCCUCCUCCUCCUCUUCUUCUUCUUCUUCUUCUUCUUCUUCUUCUUCUUCUUCUUCUUCUUCAUCUUGUGUCGGGAGCUGCCCAGAGUGCCUGGGGAAAGCCAGCUGGAUGGGCAGGUUAUUAUUAUUAGGGAUAGGGAUAGAGAUAGGGGUUAGGGGAAUCAGUUUUAGGAGGGUUGCCAGCAAGGCUGAACCUCUGCUUAAAGAAAGGAAAGCUGUCUCUGGCCGUAUUAAGAGGGUGCCAGUGAGGCUGGACUUAGGGAUUAGGGAUAGGGUUAUUAUUAUUAUUAUUAUUAUGCUGUUGGGAGGCAGCCACAAAGAGUGGCUGGGGAAACCCAACCAGAUGGGCGGUGUAUAAAUAAAUCAUCAUCAUUAUUAUUGAGGAUGGAUUUGAUUUCAGUUGAAUCGAUUGAAAUCACUAUUUAUUUAUUUUUUUGAAUAAUUUUUAUUUAAGUUUUAAACAACAAAAAAAGAAAAAAAAUACACAAUACAUAUCUCAAAAAAAGGAAAAAAAAAGAUAACAAGAACACACAAAAAGGAACACAAUUCAACAAUAAAAGACAAAAAACAACAAUUAAAAACAAUAUCUCUUUUCCAUUUCCGUUUUUUUAGUUUGCUUAUUUUCUGGACUUCCUCAUACCUCCCUCUUUUGUAUUCCAAUCCAAAUUGUUUGUCCAGCAAUUUCUUUUCAACUUUUUAAUCCCAAUCUUUAACUUUAAUAUAAUAUUGUAAUAUAUGUCUUCAAUUUCUUUAAACCUGAUCUUUAAUCUUAAUAUAAUAUAACAUUAAAAUUUUCCCUCUUAAUUGUCAGAUUUCCAUUUCUUUAAACAUCUUUAAUCCUAAUCUUAAUCUUAAUCUAUCAUUAACUUUAACCUGUACAGCUGGAAACCGCUUAUUUUCAGUCCAACAUCACUCUAACAUUCUUUGAUUUUACAAUGUUUCUGAAGAUAGUCUUUGAAUUUCUUCCAAUCUUCCUCCACCUCCUCUUCUCCCUGGUCACGGAUUCUGCCAGUCAUUUCCGCCAGUUCCAUAUAGUCCAUCAGUUUCAUCUGCCAUUCUUCCAGUGUGGGUAGAUCUUGUGUCUUCCAAUACUUUGCGAUGAGUAUUCUUGCUGCUGUUGUUGCAUACAUAAAGAAAGUUCUAUCCUUUUUUAACACCAUUUGGCCGACUAUGCCCAGGAGAAAGGCCUCUGGUUUCUUAGGGAAGGUAUACUUAAAUACCUUUUUUAAUUCAUUAUAUAUCAUUUCCCAGAAAACCUUAAUCUUUGGGCACGUCCACCAAAGGUGAAAAAAUGUACCUUCAGUUUCUUUACAUUUCCAGCAUUUAUUAUCGGGCAAGUGAUAAAUUUUUGCAAGCUUGACUGGGGUUAUGUACCACCUGUAUAUAAUUUUCAUAAUAUUCUCUCUUAAGGCAUUACAUGCCGUAAAUUUCAUACCCGUGGUCCACAACCGUUCCCAGUCAGCAAACAUAAUGUUAUGUCCAAUGUCCUGUGCCCCUUUAAUCAUAGCCGAUUUUACCGUUUCAUCCUGAGUAUUCCAUUUCAGAAGCAAGUUACACAUUCUUGACAAAUUCUUAGUUUUGGGUUCUAACAGUUCUGUUUCUAAUUUUGAUCUUUCCACCUGGAAGCCAAUUUUCCUGUCCAAUUUAAAUGCCUCCAUUAUCUGAUAAUAAUGAAGCCAGUCUCGCACUUUAUUUUUUAGUUUUUCAAAACUCUGCAAUUUCAGUCUAUCUCCGUCUGAAAUCACUAUUUAAAUCACUAGUCAGUAAGACUUGAUUUAAACCCUUUUUAUUUUGACACAAAUGUCCAGCCUCGCUGGUACCCUCUCAAUAUGGCCAAUCAGAGGCAGGUUUCCUUUUCAGAACCGUGAAAUCCUUCCUGAACGUCCGCAUAAAGGAAGGAUUUUACAGUUCUGGAGAGGAAAGCUGCCUCUGAUUGGCCAUAUUAAGAGGGCCAUAUUAAGAAAUGCUGCCAGGGUAGAAGAGGGAGAAGUGAGGCGAAUAUUAAAGGAGGUAAACACAAAGAAGGCUAUGGGCCCGGAUGGAGUGGCUGGCAGGGUGCUAAGAGAUUGUUCCGACCAACUGGCAGGAAUCUUUUUGAAGAUUUUUAACCAGUCUCUGGCCCAAGCCACCAUUCCACCCUGUCUGAAAUCCGCUACCAUUAUACCCUUGCCAAAAAACCCAAAGAUAGUCUGAAUGAUUUUCGCCCUGUGGUGUUGACACCCAUUAUAAUGAAAUGUUUCGAAAGUCUGUUGAGGAACUGCAUCAUAUCUUGUUUGCCAGUGGGACUUGACCCUUACCAGUUUGCGUACAAGGCAAAGGGAUCCGCAGAGGAUGCUGUGGCAAAUAGUUUUACAUGCUGUCCUGACUCAUUUGGAGAAGCAAGGGCGAGAUUGUUAUUUGUAGACUUUAGUUCUGCAUUUAAUACUAUUCUUCUGCAUAGAUUGCUGCCCAAACUAUUAGACCUGGGACUUUCACCGUGUUUGUGCAGGUGGAUACAGUGGUACCUUGGGUUACAAACGCUUCAGAUUACAGACGCUUCAGGUUACAGACGCUUCAGGUUACAGACUCCGCUAACCCAGAAAUAGUACCUGAAGAACUUUGCUUCAGGAUGAGAACAGAAAUCGCAAGGCGGAGGUGCAGCGGCAGCAGGAGUCCCCAUUAGCUAAAGUGGUACCUCCGGUUAAGAACAGUUUCAGGUUAAGAAUGGACCUCCGGAACGAAUUAAGUUCUUAACCAGAGGUACCACUGUAUUAGAUUUUCUGUCAAACUGUUCCCAACGGAUCAGGAUGGGUUCCCACGUCUCUGCGGAUUUCAUCAUGAAUACGGGAACGCUGCAGGGGUGCGUGGUUGAGCCCGCUUUUAUAUACACUCUAUACAGCUGACUGGGCCCCCCAAAAUCCCAGUAAUAAGAUCAUUAAGUUUGCAGAUGAUACAACGGUAGUUGGUUUAAUCACGGCUGGAGAGGGGGAGGCGGCCUAUAGGAAGGAAGUUGAGCAGUUGGGGGCGUGGUGCAGGAAAAACAACUUACUCCUUAACUUAAAGAAAACAAAAGAGAUUAUUGUGGACUUUAGGAAAUGUAAAUUGAAUAUUCAGCGACUUAUUAUUAAGGGGAAGUGUGUGGAACAGGUCUUGGUGUUUGGAUUUCUGGGAAUGGAGUUGAGAGAUGACCUAACCUGGGGAGAAAACAGCAAGACCUUAUGAAGAGAGCACAGCAGAGGUUAUAUUUUCUGAGAAUCCUCUGGAAAAAUAAUCUUUCAAAGGACCUGUUGAUGGCAUUUUACCAUUGUACUGAUGAGAGUGUAUUAACUUACGGUCUGUGUGUGCGGUUUGGGAGCUGCACGGUCGGGGGGGGGGAGCUGUCCAGGGUUGUAAAGACUGCAGGGAGAAUAACUGGGUGCACUCUUCCCACCUUGGAUCAAAUCUAUGCUUCCAGGUGCCAUAGGAAACUGCAGAGAUAGUGCAGGCUAGUGCGCACACAGGGUUAUAAAGACUAGGACUAGCCUCCUGAGAAACAGUUUCUAUCCAAAUGCUAUUUUGGUUUUAAACGCAGUGUAAGGUAAUCUCUAUGGGAGUAUAUUGUAUUUAAUUAUGGGUGUUAAGUUGUGGUGAACAUAUCAGACGACACAGCGAUUCUUCAGACAGCUCUUGUUUAUUCACAGGCCAGAGCAGAACUGAAUUGAAGGGUUCAGCCAACCUGCUUAUAUAGAGCUCAACUACAUGGCAACAGUAACAACUUUCUGUAACUAUCCAAUCACUGAAUGUCACUUUCAAUUCCUUAUUUGCAUAUGCGGACCUGAGUGAAAACUAUCUACGUUAUCCCCCUGCUGGCCCAGGGUGAGAACUUCAGUAAAUAAUAAUAAUAAUAAAAAAAUUUAUUUAUAUCCCGCCCUCCCCAACCGAAGCCGGGCUCAGGGCGGCUAACAACAAUAAAACAGUACAAAAGUACAACACAAACAACACUAUAAAAUCAUUCAUUAUAAAAUUAAUUCAAAUCAAGCCACUGGCAACCAUUGGGCCAGAGCUCCGCGAAGAUUGCCGAGGGAGGGAGUCAGGCUGUGCCCUGGCCAAAGGCCUGGAGGAACAGCUCUGUCUUGCAGGCCCUGCAGGGCCCUAGUCUCUUGUGACAGAGUGUUCCACCAGAUCGGAGCCACAGCCGAAAAAGCCCUGGCUCUAGUUGAGGCCAGCCUAACCUCUCUGUGGCCUGGGACCUUCAAGAUGUUUUUAUUUUAAGACCGUAAGUUUCUCUGUGCGACAUACCAGGAGAGGCAGUCCCAUAGGUACGAGGGUCCUUGGCCGUAUAGGACUUUAAAGGUUAAAACCAGCACCUUAAACCUGAUCCUGUACUCCACCGGGAGCCAGUGCAGCUGGUAUAGCACCGGGUGAAUGUGAUCCCACGGCGAGGACCCCGUUAGGAGUCUUGCCACGGCGUUCUGCACCCGCUGGAGUUUCUGGAUCAGUCUCAAGGGCAGCCCCAUGUAGAGCGAGUUACAAUAAUCCAGUCUGGAGGUGACCGUCGCGUGGAUCACAGUGGCUAGGUCAGGGCGAGAAAGGUAAGGAGCCAACUGCUUAGCUUGGCGGAGCUGGAAAAAUGCCGCCUUUGUUAUAGCUGCAAUCUGCACCUCCAUGGAAAGGGAGGUGUCGAAGAUUACACCCAAACUCUUAACGGACGGUGCUGGCACUAAUUGCGCCCCCGCAAGAGAUGGGAGUUGCCCCCCCAAUCGGAACUCGCAGUGCAUUGCAGCCUGUCGGAGGGCGGCGGUGUAGUUGUUAAUUGACUCCCCCUCUGCCUGGUUCUGGUGGUAGAACGCAUGGCAGGCAGCAAUCUUGGACGGCUUUGGCACGUAGUGGCUGCGGAGCUUCUCUUGAAUCGUGUCCCACGGUGUUGCCUGGACUGCUACAGGCGCAACCAAUGCUCGCGCCGUCUCAAACACCUCAGGCCCACAGAGGCUGAGGAAUAGGCCCCGCUUACGCUCCUGUGAUACUUCCGUCAGCUCGUUGGCUUGGAGGUAGCAGUCAAACUGAGCGAGGUAGGCAUCUCAUGAUUCAGAGGCUGGGGCAAACGGCGGUAGAGGCAUGAGUGAAGUCAUGGUUCUGAUGCCAACGUGGAGGGCGAUGGAUAGAACACAGUGCUCUAGCCAGAACAGUCAGCUCUGAAUUGGUUCUGUUCAGUGAUUUCGCUCUAUGUUUCAGCUCAGUGAUUCAGCUCAGCUCAGAGGGUGGCCGUGUCUGGCUGUGCUCUGAUAUCCAUUGAUCCCAUCCUUGUCGCCAGUGUUAAGUUGUGGGUGAACAUAUCAGACAACACAGUGAUUCUUCAGACAGCUCUUGUUUAUUCACAGGCCAGAACAGAACAGGGCUGAAGGGUUCAGCCAACCUGCUUAUAUAGAGUUCAACUACAUGGCAACAGUAACAACUUUCUGUAACUAUCCACUCACUGAAUGUCACUUUCAAUUCCUUAUUUGCAUAUGCGGCCCUGGGUGAAAACUAUCUACAGUAUCCCCCUGCUGGCCCAGGGUGAGAACUUCAGUACAUAACAAUGGGGUAUCAGAGUUUUUAGGAGGCUAACCAGGCUGGGAUAACAGGCUUGUUGGUAUUUGAGUGUCUGAUGUAGAUUUUUUAAUUCGUUCUGGAGGUCCAUUCUUAACCUGAAACUGUUCUUAACCUGAAGCACCACUUUAGCUAAUGGGGGCCUCAUGCUGGUGCCGUGCCGCCGCCUCGCGAUUUCUGUUCUCAUUCUGAAGCAAAGUUCUUAACCCGAGGUACUAUUUCUGGGUUAGCGGAGUCUGUAACCUGAAGCGUAUGUAACCCGAGGUACCACUGUAUUAUGUUGGGAGCCGCCCGACACCCAGCCAGAUGAGCAGGGAAUUAUAGGGAUAGGGGUUGGAGACUCAGGUUUUCGGUCUUAGGAGGGUUGCCAGUGAGGAUUUUAGGGUUCUGGAAAGGAAUUCCGAUUGGCCAUAUUGAGAGGGUGUCAGCAAGGCUGAACCUUUCUGUAAAAAAGGGAUUUUAUUAUUCCAAAAAGGAAACCUCCCUCUGAUUGUCCAAAUUAAGAGCAGGCCAGCAAAGCCUGAGUCUGACUGAUUUAAAUCUGGAUUUGAAUCGGGAUUUCAAUGAGAAAAAUCAAGAUGAAGAGGAUGCCAGCAUGGCUGAGCUGUACUGUAAAGAAGGGAUUUAAACCCAGUUGGACGGGCGAGGGGUUUAAAUUGCGAUUUCCAUCCAUCGCUUAGAUUUCAAGCAGAGGCUGGGCGGCCAUCUGUCCAGGCUACUUGAGGAGAGAGUCCUGCCUGGUGGUGGGCAGACUUGGUGACCGCCAGGGGUCCCUUUUAACUUGGCGAGGUACUUAUCCGUCACAUUCCUAGAGGUUGAGGACCAGGUUGCCCAGGAAGCAGACGGACAAGUGCUCCACGUCGACUGCAAGGGGCAAAAUAUGCUCAUGAUCAUGAUCAUGAUUAUCAUCAUUCUGUUGGGAGCCACCCAGAUGGGCCGUGUAUAAAGAAUAACAUUAUUAUUAUUUUAUGAUUCUGAAAAGUAUUCUCCCUCUUGAGAGGCUGAACCUUUCUGUAAAUAGAUUUAAAUCAAGUUUGAUAGGCGAGGGAUUUCAAUGGGGAAGCGGCACCAGGGUCAUCUAGUCCAACCCGCUGCCAAGAUGGAUUUUGUCUCCUGCAGAUUUUCAAGGAGAGGGAGGAGGAUUUGAAGCGGCUCUCGCGCCCGCUGGAGUGCGCCUGCUUUCGGACCUCCAUCUGGGAUGAAACUCUCUACAAGGUGUGACUGAAAUAUUUAUAUAUACAUUUUGCUCAUACAGUUGUACCUUGGUUCCCAAUGCCCUCAAACUCUGACCUUUCAAUUCUUCAAUUCAACUGAAUAACACAAUUUCCUUGAAGUUAAUUUCAUUGAAAUUCAUUUAAAUUUCAUAGCACAAAUUCAUUCGAUUUGAUUUAAACUCCAUUGAAAUUCAACUUAAUUUCAUAGCACCAAUUCAUUCGAUUUCAUUCAAGUUGAUUCAGUUUCAUUCAAGUUCAUUCAAUUUCAUAGCACAAAUUCAUUCAAUUUCAUUUAAGUGAAUUCCUUUGAAAUUCAACUUAAUUUCAUAGCACCAAUUCAUUCGAUUUCAUUUGAUUUGAUUCAAGUUGAUUUGGUUUCCUUCAAAUUAAUUCAAUUUCAUUCAAUUUAAAAGCACCAAUUCAUUUGUUUUCAUUCAAUUUCAUUCAAAUUAAUUCAGUUUAAUAGCACAAAUUCAUUCAAUUUCAUUCAAGUUAAUUCAAUUUCAUUCAAAUUAAUUCAAUGCACCUGCUUCCAGAUCUUCAUCUGGGAUGAAACGCUCUACAAGGAGCGCCUGAAAUCUUUUAUUUUCUUUCUUUUUUUGCCCAUAUAGUUGUACCUCGUACCCCCUCAAACUCGGGCCUUUGGUACGGGAUGCUAGCAAGGUUGAGCCUUUCUGUAAAAAAUGGAUUCAUCAUCAAUAUUAUUAUUAUUAUUAUUAUUCCUUCCUGCGAUUGUCACUAUUAAGAAAAUGCAAGCAAGGUUGAAACUUUCUGUAAAAAGGGAUUUUAUCAGGAGCUCCCUGCUGCCAAUUGGAAACCGUGCUUUAGUUUCUGGGCGGACUUCUGGAAUGGACUCCGUAUGACUUGCCAACAUGCGACUCGUUUUUGCAAAGGAAAAGAACUACCUUAAUUCAAGUGAAUUCGGUUUAGUUUAAUUUCAUAUCACCAAUUCAUUCAAUUUCGUUCAACUGAGUUUCAUUUAAUAGCACAAAUUUGUUUGAUUUCAUUCCUUAAUUUGAUUUAAUAACACAAAUUAAUUUGAUUUCAUUCGAUUUUUCGCGGGGCAGGCGUGGUCGAGUAUAGUCUACCAGCUUAUCCCCAACGUUCAGCAACUGGAGACCAACCUGAGGAAUUUUGCGCAGAUCAUUGAAGCCGACGAGGUCCUUCUUUUUGAGCGGGCGACUUUCCUGGUAAGAUUAUUGUUGUUGUUGUUGUUGAUGAUGAUGAUGAUGAUGUUAUUAGGGUUAGGAAUAGGGAUUAGGGAUAAAGUUAUUAUUAUUAUUAUUAUUAUUAUUAUUAUUAUUAUUAUUAUGUUGGGAGCCGCUGUCAGGGCUACAGAUAGUCUUCCUGAGCAGCUGCCAGCCCGGGCAGAGAGCCAAAUGCAGAUAAGAGAGGUGGCUGUGGAAACUCAUUCCCAGGAAGUAGGAGAAGGGUCAUCUCCCAGGCUAGAGGAAUCUGCAGGUAGCCUUUCAGAGAUGGCAGCUCAGCCUUUGAGUAUUCCUGAGCGUAGAAAAGGGGGAGUACAGGAUAGGCGGCAAACUAUGUCACAAUAUGCUAAGAGAAGGUUCCUCCCACGUUGCUUUCGUCGAAGGAAAUGCGACACUUCGCACUCAGUCGAGUCAUCAUCUUAAAGUGGAGACUGACUCCCGGGAGGGGAGCUCUCAGCAAUCUGUAAUCUUUUUGGAAUAAAACCAACCUUUUAAUGAACUACGAUUACUCACGUUUCACUGCUGCUACCGCCACCUAGAGUGGCUGGGGAAACCCAGUCAGAUGGGCGGGGUAUAAAGAAUAAAUUAUUAUUAUUAUUAUUAGGGUUAGGGUUAGGAAUAGGGAUUAGUGAUAGGGUUGUUAUUGUUAUUAUUAUUAUUAUUAUUAUUUAUUAUUAUUAUUAGGGCUAGGGAUAAGGUUUAGAGAUAGGGAUAGAAGCUGGGGAUCUGGAUUCGGGAUAGUAUUAUUAUUAUUAUUAUUAUUAUUAUUAUUAUUAUUAUCAUCAUCAUUGUUAUUAUCAUUAUUAUCAUUAUUAUCAUUAUUUGUUAUUAUUAUUAAUAAUAACAAAUAGUUAAAUAAAUGGUUUAAAUUCUAUUAAGGAAAUGACUGUUUUUCUCCUUCCAAUAAAGUAAGACUUGAUUUAAAUCCUUUGCUGGCCGCCUCUUAAUAUCGACAGUUGGAGGAAAUCCUUAACUGACAAGCGAUCUAAACCGUAAUUUAAAUUGAUUUGAUUCAAAUCAAAUUCACCCUGCUCUAAAAAUGUAUCAUUCCGAAAAGAAAACCUUCCUUUGCUCGUUGAUAUUCAGAAGAUGCCAGCAAGUCUGAACCUUUCUGUAAAAAAAGAUUUUAUUUUGUUUGCCUCUCCAGCAAAGCAUUCUGGGAAAGGAAUUGGGCAAUGCUUUCUGUAGAAAUAAAAGAAAUUUAUUAUGGUUUUCCCCUCCCUACAGGUGAUUUCCCACUAUCAGUGCAAAGAGCAGCGAGACAUCCACCGAUUUGAGAAAAUCAGCAAUAUCAUCAAACAAUUCAAACUGAGCUGCAGGUGAGAAACAUGUUACUUUAGACGGCCGUUUCGGGGUAGGGGUAGAAUUCUGGAAAAUAGCUUGGCAGCCGUGACAUGGAAAUUAGGUCUGUCUCAUUAUUAUAAUCAUGUAUAAGCUUAAUUGAUAACAUCAAAUAUAAUUUAUAAUUUCAAUCCUAAAAUUAUAAUCCUCAAAUUUAAAAUUCUUCAAAUGCAAGUUUUAAUUUAGUUGAUUUAAUUAUAAAAUAAAAUAAAAUGAGGUGAUAAUGUUGUCGAUUAAUUGACAAGUCUAAAAUGUAAUUUUUUAUUUUUUUAUGAUUCAUACUUUCUUAUAUUUAUUUUAAAAUGUGACAAUUGAAAUGAUGAAAGAUAAGUAGGAAAAAUUACAAAUGCUAUUACGUAGAAAGGAAAUACAGUAACCAUGAGGCUGGAGGUAGGGAAGUCGAUUAACUGACAAGUCUAAAAUGUCAAUUUAAACUGUUUCCCAAAUACAGUUCACAAGAUUGGCAAUUAAUUGAUAAUAUUUCUAAGUUUAAUACAGAUUUAAUGUAGUAUUUGAAUUUGGUUUAUUCUAUUUAUAAAUUUAGUACAGAUUUAAUAUAAUAUUUAUCUUUGUUUUAUAAUUCAAUUUAUAUUUACAAAUGUAGCUUAAAUGUGAUAUAAUAUUCAUGCUUAAUUUGCACUAUUUAUAAAUUUAAAACUGAUUUAAUAUUUAUAUUUAUUUCAUAAUAUUGAUAAAUUUGAUAUAUAUUUAAUUUGCACUAUUUAUAAAUUUAAGACAGACUCAAUAUAAUAUUUAUAUUUAAUUUAUUCUAUUUAUAAAUGUAAGGCAGGUUUAAUAUAUUUUUAUUUAUUUUAUAGUAUAAUUUAUAAAUAUGAUAAUUGUGGUAUUUACUAGAGCUCGCCACACAUUUAGAUGGUCUUUAGAUGAACACAAAAUUGAACAGUGUCUUUUUUUUAAAUAUCUUGGUAUCACUUUCCAAGCUACAUCUAGCUGGCUUGCCCACUUCAAGACUGUAGCCCUCCUAACACGUAGGACAAUCGGUGCCCUGCUCAGCUUUUUUUAUUCGAGGGGAGGGCAACUGGUGAUCCCGGCAUUAAAAGCUUUUGUUGGAAAAGUGAUUCCCCAGAUGCUUUAUGGAGUGGAACUCUGGGGAUGGAAUCAGAAGCUGUUAGAACGGCUUGAAAUCUUCCAAAAUUUUUACCUCAGAAGAAUUCUAGGCCUCCCUCAGAGUACUCCGGCAGCUCUCCUAAGAGUGGAAGUAGGAUUACCUUCUGUGUCUGCCAGGGCCCACUUAAGAUUCCUGCGUUUUUUUCACCAACCUUACAGAUGCCCCGAACACCUUAUUGGCUAAACAAGCCUUUGUAUUAUUACAAAAUAAUACUACUUGGCAUAAAAACCUACUAGAUAUCCUAUCCAGAUACAAUCUACCCGAGUUUAAUACCCUUAAAUUGUGGAGCCCUGAUAAAAUUCGGGAAUGGAUCUUUGAAAAAGACGCCUUUUUGGACUCCACAAAGAUAAAAAACUCUGGGUUUUCCUACUGGUUUCCCCGAGUAAAAGCAGUCAAAAUCUGUGCCAACUACUUGGUGGAGAUCACUGACCCCACCCUUCGGAGAGCUUUCACUAUGGCACGGUUUCAAACACUGCCAACUGCAUAUCUGACCGGUAGAUUCACAAAACCCCAGUAGAACAUCGUUUAUGCCCUUGCCUUAUGAAAAUUAAAGAGGAUCUUACACAUUACCUCCUCUAUUGCCCCAUCUACUCGAGCUUUAGAGACGCAUUGCUGCAAAUUAUACCCAACUCUAUAACUAAUCCUGAAGAUAGAGUAAAAUUUUUGUUAGUUGAUGCAAACCCACGUAUUACCCAUGUGGUAGCGGUUUUUGUGAUAAAGGCCGUGAAAGCCAGGGAAAGACUUAUGGAUGACAAAGUAAAGACCCCUUCAUCGUCUGUUUAACUCGUUGCUCGUUUUCCCUCUCUUUCUAUUUUGUGGGAUGAAGGUUUUGUUGGCGUAGUAUGUAAUGAAUUUUAAUAUCUUUUAACUAUUGUUGUGUUAAUGUUUGUGUACAGGCAUGGUCCUCACAAUAAACGGAUAUAUCAUAUCAUAUAAAUAUGAUAGAAAUCUAAUAAAGUUAUAUUUAAUUUAUACUAUUUACAAAUUUGAUACAGAUUUAAUAUAUUUAUUUGAUAAUAUUUAUAAAUUAGAUAUAAAUCAAAUAUUUAUAUUUAAAUUACAAUACAGUGGCACCUCUGGUUGCGAAUGGGAUCCGUUCUGGAGCCCUGAGCAGAAAGCAACCCGCGUCUGUGUGUGCGUGGGUCGUGAUUCGCCGCUUCUGCGCAUGUGCGUGACGUCAUUUUGAGCAUCUGUACAUGCGUGAGUGGUGAAACCUGGAAGUAACCCUUUCUGUUACUUCCGGGAUGCCACGGGAUGCAACCUGAAAAUGCUCAACCUGAAGCGUCUUUAACCUGAGGUAUGAAUGUAUUUAUAAUUUUAAUACAGAUUUAAUAUAUUUAUAUUUAAUUUACUCUAAGGAUAAAUCUAAUGUAGAUUUAAUAUAACAUAACAUUUAUAUAUAUUUUAUAAUAAAAUUUAUAAAAUUUAAUAGUUUUAAUAUAUGUUUAUUUUAUAAUCUUUUUCAAUUCAAUAAAAUUUUAAUAUAUUUUUAAAUUUAAUGCAGAUUUAAUACUUAUAUUGAAUUUAUAAUAUUUAUAAAUUUGAUGUAACUAUAAUCUACUAUUAAUACUGAAUUUAUGACAUUAAAAUCCAUAUAAAUAUCAAUUUGUAAAAUCAAAAACUGCAAAUCUGAAUCCUGGAAUGUUUGAGCUGUGCUCAUAAAUGUCCUCCCCCACCACCAGCAAACUGGCUGCCUCCUUCCAGAGCAUGGAGGUGCGCAAUUCGAAUUUCGCCGCCUUCAUCGACAUCUUCACCUCCAACACCUACGUGAUGGUCGUCAUGUCCGACCCUUCCAUACGUAAGUUUGAAAGGCUCGGGUUCAAAUCUUCCGCAAAUCCAGUGGCAAGGAGUUCCAUGGGUAUCAGAAAGGUGGGAAAGCGCUCAGGUGCCGGGGGAAUCCAAUGAUGGGGAGUUCCGCAGUUUUGGGAAAAUUUGGAAAGUGCUCCUUUGAAUGGUCCAAUGUUGGGGGAAUCCAGGGGUGGGGAGUUCCGCAGGUAUGGGGAAGCCAGGAAGCUCAUCCCUCCUCUCCCGGCUCACUUCCAGCUUCUGCCGCCACCCUGAUCAACAUCCGCAACGCUCGCAAGCACUUUGAGAAGCUGGAGAGGGUGGACGGGCCCAAGCACAGCCUCCUCAUGCGCUGA